AGACAACCACCAUCAACAGUUACAAAGAAAUUAUUAUGCAGCAGCCAUUGCUAUCAUCAUCUCUCCCCCUCCUCGUCGUCUUCAUCCAUCUCUCUCUCUCUCUCCCCUUAAAUGCAGCUACCUCUUUAGCUCCCAUUUUCUCAUGAACUCCUCGCUGAUACUCCCACCAAUCGUCUUGUCGAGCUGAAACAAUACGGUGGUGUUUUUUUUGUCAGCAGCAGCUAUGACUUUGGGAGGUUGGGGUCAGAGACUCAUCCAAGCAGUAUCCUCUGAAUCAGAGGACUCUGCUUUGGACUUAGAGAGAACCCAUCACUGUAACCACAACAUGAGUCUUCCAUCAUCUUCAAGCCCUUCUCCUCUUCACCCAUUCACGCUCAACACCCAGCACGCAGAGAGCAAUGCCCCUUACUUCUCCUGGCCUACCCUCACCCGCCUUAACGACGCUGUACAAGACCGAGCCAACUACUUUGGUCAUCUCCAGAAAGGUGUUUUGCCUGAAAUCGUUGGGAGGCUGCCUUCAGGACAGCAAGCCACCACCCUGCUUGAGCUCAUGACUAUCAGAGCGUUUCAUAGUAAGAUCUUACGCCGGUUUAGCCUCGGUACUGCAGUUGGGUUCCGGAUAACUCACGGCGUGUUAACGAAUACUCCAGCGAUACUUGUGUUUGUUGCUAGGAAAGUCCAUAGGCAAUGGCUGAAUCCAAUGCAGUGCCUUCCUUCUGCUCUUGAGGGUCCUGGUGGGGUAUGGUGCGAUGUAGAUGUUGUGGAGUUCCAAUAUUAUGGUGCACCUGCUGCUACCCCAAAGGAACAGGUUUAUAAUGAACUUGUAGAUGGCUUGAGAGGAAGUGAUCCCUGCAUUGGCUCUGGCUCUCAGGUAGCAAGCCAAGAAACGUAUGGAACGUUGGGAGCUAUAGUGAAAAGCAGAACGGGUAACCAUCAGGUUGGUUUCCUUACUAACCGGCACGUGGCAGUUGAUUUGGACUAUCCAAGCCAGAAAAUGUUUCACCCUUUACCUCCAAGCCUUGGACCUGGUGUCUACCUCGGUGCAGUUGAGAGAGCUACAUCUUUCAUCACAGAUGACCUGUGGUACGGCCUAUUUGCUGGUACAAAUCCAGAAACAUUUGUGAGAGCAGAUGGUGCUUUUAUUCCAUUUGCGGAAGAUUUCGAUACGAGCAAUGUAACCACGGUGAUAAAGGGUAUAGGUGAGAUAGGCAACGUACAAGCCAUAGACUUGCAGUCUCCGAUUGAUAGUCUCAUUGGGAAACAAGUUGUGAAAGUUGGAAGAAGCUCUGGGUACACCAAGGGAACUGUGAUGGCUUAUGCAUUGGAGUACAACGACGAGAAAGGGAUCUGUUUCCUCACGGACUUUCUGGUGAUCGGUGAGAACCAGCAGACUUUUGACCUUGAAGGUGACAGUGGAAGCCUUAUACUGUUAACGGGUCCGAACGGUCAGAGGCCACGACCGGUUGGGAUCAUUUGGGGAGGGACUGCUAACAGAGGAAGACUGAAACUAAUAGCGGGUCGAGAGCCUGAGAACUGGACGAGUGGAGUUGAUCUUGGUCGGCUUUUGGAUCUUUUGGAGCUUGAUCUCAUCACAUCUAACCAUGAGCUUGAAGCUGCUGCAAGAGAAGAGAGAAACAACACUACUUCGCUUACAGGCUUUGAUUCAACGGUUAGCCAGUCAUCCCCACCUGACCCGGUUCCCUCAGGAGACAAGCAAGAUGAAAACUUUGAGCCGUUUGUCCCGCCUGAGUUUCACAUAGAAGAGGCUAUCAAAACGAGACCUGAAGUAGAGGAGCAUCUCUUCAUUGCUCCUUUGUUGUUUACUUCUUCUGGUAGUAAAGGGGAAGAGAAACAUAAAGUUGAUGAUCUUGUCGCUUUAAAGAACAGUUCAGAUGAAGAGGAUGAUAGCGUAUCGUUGCAUUUAGGUGAGCCUAAACUAAAGAAACAAAAGUUUUCAUUAGGUGAAGCCACAAAUUAUAUGUAAGGGUUGUAACUGUGCAUAGUAUUGUUAUUCUUUGCGGACGUAUAUUAUACAGUCCAAGACACGUAUACAGACUAGCGAAACUGCAUAAGCUUAUGUUGUAUGAAAAUGAAAUUCAAAGGUAA